UUUCGGAGGAGGAGGAGGUGGUGGCUUUUGGAAGAGGAGGAAGAGGUGGUGUUGGGGAGGGGGGGAUCUCUUUCUCCAUUUGGAGAUGAUUGUGCUAUUCCUCUUUGCCUUGCUCUGGAUGGUGGAGGGGGCCCUUUGCCAGCUCCAUUACACGGUACAGGAAGAGCAGGAGCAUGGCACGUUCGUGGGGAAUAUCGCCGAGGACCUCGGCUUGGACAUUACAAAACUUUCGGCUCGCCGUUUCCAGACGGUGCCCAACUCCCGCAGCCCUUACCUGGAGCUCAACCUGGAGACCGGGGUGCUGUACGUGAACGAGAAGAUCGACCGCGAGCAGAUCUGCAAGCAGAGCCCCUCCUGCCUGCUGCACCUGGAGGUCUUCCUGGAGAACCCCCUGGAGCUGUUCCGGGUGGAGAUCGAGGUGCUGGACAUCAACGACAACCCGCCCUCCUUCCCGGAGCCCGACCUCACGGUGGAGAUCUCGGAGAGCGCCACGCCGGGCACCCGCUUCCCCCUGGAGAGCGCCUUCGACCCCGACGUGGGCACCAACUCGCUGCGCACCUACGAGAUCACCCCCAACAGUUACUUCUCGCUCGACGUGCAGACGCAGGGCGAUGGCAACCGCUUCGCCGAGCUGGUGCUCGACAAGCCGCUGGACCGGGAGCAGCAGGCGGUGCACCGCUACGUGCUGACCGCGGUGGACGGCGGGCAGCCCCAGCAGCGCACCGGCACCGCCCUGCUCACCAUCAGGGUGCUGGACUCCAACGACAACGUCCCCGCCUUCGAGCAACCCGUCUACACCGUGUCGCUGCCGGAGAACUCGCCGCCCGGCACGCUGGUGCUGCAGCUCAACGCCACCGACCCCGACGAGGGCCAGAACGGCGAGGUCAUCUACUCCUUCAGCAGCCACAUCUCGGCCCGCGCCCGGGAGCUCUUCGGCAUCGCGCCGCGCACGGGGCGGCUGGAGGUGAGCGGCGAGCUGGACUACGAGGAGAGCAGCGUGUACCAGGUGUACGUGCAAGCCAAGGACCUGGGGCCCAACGCCGUGCCGGCGCACUGCAAGGUGCUGGUGCGGGUGCUGGACGCCAACGACAACGCGCCCGAGAUCAGCUUCUCCACCGUGAAGGAGGCGGUAAGCGAGGCGGCGGCGCCGGGCACCGUGGUGGCCCUCUUCAGCGUCUCGGACCGCGACUCGGAGGAGAACGGGCAAGUGCAGUGCGAGCUGCUGCAGGGCGACGCGCCCUUCCGCCUCAAGAGCUCCUUCAAGAACUACUACACCAUCGUCACCGAGGGGCCGCUGGACCGCGAGCAGCCCGGCGGCGACGCCUACACCCUCACCGUGGUGGCGCGGGACCGCGGCGAGCCGCCGCUCAGCACCAGCAAGUCCAUCCAGGUGCGGGUGAGCGACGUGAACGACAACGCGCCGCGCUUCAGCCAGCCCGUCUACCAGGUCUACGUGAGCGAGAACAACGUGCCCGGCGCCUACAUCUACGCCGUCAGCGCCACCGACCGGGACCAGGGCGCCAACGCCCAGCUCGCCUACUCCAUCCUGGAGAGCCAGAUCCAGGGCAUGUCCGUCUUCACCUACGUCUCCAUCAACUCCGAGAACGGCUUCCUCUACGCGCUCCGCUCCUUCGACUACGAGCAGCUCAAGGAGUUCAGCUUCCAGGUGGAGGCCCGCGACGCCGGCGAGGAGCCGCAGCCGCUGGCCGGCAACGCCACCGUCAACAUCGUCGUGGUGGACCAGAACGACAACGCGCCCGCCAUCGUCAGCCCGCUGCCCGGCCGCAACGGCACGCCGGCGCGGGAGGCGCUGCCGCGGGGCGCCGAGCCGGGCUACCUGGUGAGCCGCGUGGCGGCCGUGGACGCCGACGACGGCGAGAACGCCCGCCUCACCUACAGCAUCGCCCGCGGCAACGAGGCCAGCCUCUUCCGCAUGGACUGGCGCACCGGCGAGCUGCGCACGGCGCGCAGGGUGCCGGCCAAGCGCGACCCGCAGCGCCCCUACGAGCUGGUGAUCGAGGUGCGCGACCACGGGCAGCCGCCGCUCUCCUCCACCGCCGCCAUCCAGGUGGUGCUGGUGGACGGCGCGGCCGAGCGGCCCGGCGGCGGCGGCGGCGGCGGCGGCCUGGGCGCGGGGGCGGGCGCGGGGGGCGGCGGCGGCGGCGAGCAUCGCCCCAGCCGCUCCGGGGGAGAGACCUCGCUCGACCUCACCCUCAUCCUCAUCAUCGCCCUGGGCUCCGUGUCCUUCAUCUUCCUGCUGGCCAUGAUCGUGCUGGCCGUGCGCUGCCAGAAGGAGAAGAAGCUCAACAUCUACACCUGCCUGGCCAGCGACUGCUGCCUGGGCUGCUGCUGCUGCUGCCCCUGCUGCAGCCGCCAGGCGCGGGCCCGCAAGAAGAAGCUCAGCAAGUCGGACAUCAUGCUGGUGCAGAGCUCCAACGUGCCCAGCAACCCGGCGCAAGUGCCUGUGGAGGAGUCGGGCAGCUUCGGUUCCCACCACCACAACCAGAACUACUGCUACCAGGUCUGCCUCACGCCCGAGUCCGCCAAGACCGACCUGAUGUUUCUCAAGCCCUGCAGCCCCUCCCGCAGCACCGACACCGAGCACAACCCCUGCGGGGCCAUCGUGACCGGCUACGCCGACCAGCAGCCCGACAUAAUCUCCAACGGCAGCAUUUUGUCCAGCGAGACAAAACAUCAGCGUGCCGAACUCAGUUAUCUAGUUGAUAGACCCCGACGGGUUAACAGUUCUGCAUUCCAGGAAGCAGACAUAGUAAGCUCUAAGGACAGUGGUCAUGGAGACAGUGAGCAAGGAGACAGUGAUCAUGAUGCCACUAAUCGAGGUCAAUCCUCUGGCAUGGAUCUGUUCUCCAAUUGCACGGAGGAAUGUAAAGCACUGGGCCACUCAGAUCGGUGCUGGAUGCCUUCCUUUGUUCCAUCUGAUGGACGCCAAGCUGCAGAUUACCGCAGCAAUCUGCACGUACCUGGCAUGGACUCCGUUCCAGACACUGAAGUGUUUGAAACACCAGAAGCCCAGCCUGGGGCAGAAAGGUCCUUCUCCACCUUUGGCAAAGAGAAGGCCCUUCACAACACUCUGGAGAGGAAGGAGUUGGAUGGACUGCUGUCUAAUACACGAGCGCCUUACAAACCACCGUAUUUGACGCUUUCCAUCUCUGGAUCUCAAAGUGGAUUAUAAAGAAUAGUGACUUAAACCUUCCUGCACCUCUAGGAGAUAGCACGGAAAAGGAUAUGCUAGUCACUUCUACAGGACUUACCUGAAGCAGCAUGAUUUGCACAAAAGUCGACCAACAAAAAGCAUCAACUUUCAACUUCAUUAUCUUGGCCAUUCAGUUCUGUGUAACUGAAGGAUUUGUGUGCUGUUGGAGACAUCAUGGCCAACAAUAGGACCUAAUUGCUCUCAGCAGGCCUGAGAAAUGAGUUGAAAUGUGUAGAACUGUAGAAACUUCAGAGGCAACUGAUCUUGCCUCUCUGAUCAGUGUGUGCCUGUUUACAGCACUAUAUAUCUUUCUCUCUCCAAAAUGUCACUGAGCCCUUUAGAUGUUUAUAUUCACCACAAGAAGCCAAUCGUACAGAUAAAAGAAAUGUGCAUUAUAAAUGCAAUAUCACUGUUUUAAACUUGACUGUUUUAUAUUAUUUUUGUGUGAUCAAGUGUUCCCCAGACUAUUCCAACUUUACAAGAGAGAUUGUGAUCAUGUUCUUUUCACCUGUGGGUCAUAAAAAUGCUGUUAAUCUGAAGACCCACAAAAUUAUCAAAGACAUUCUGUAGUUUAUACACCGUGUUGCAAAGUGUUUACUGUACUAUUUCAAAGCUUCUAAAUAAAUAUAAAAUAUAUAUAUAUUAUAUUAUAUAUAAUUUUCCGAAAAAUGUGGUACAACUUAGUUGAUUUUUAAAUGGAUUCAUACAGUCUACACCAUACACUAAAGUGAGAAGGUAAUUCAGGGUUCCUAAGCUAUCCUUGCUAAAAAAAAACAAAAAUAAAAUAAACCUUUAAUAGUACUUCCCAAUAUUCGUAUUUUGGUCAAUCCUGUUUUUCUUGUUUUGAAAAAAAAAAGCUGUAAGCAACAACGUUUUGUCUAAAAGUUGUAAUGAAUUUUCAAUGCCAAAGAUGCAGCUGUCAGUAUUACCAGAAUAAGCGCUAUGUACUAUCAAAAGUAUAAAUCACUCUCCAUUAUUUUGAUUAUAUUUCUAUGGUUUUUAAUUUGGAAUCACAAAAUCUUUUAUAAAGCUCUAUAAACUCACCUGUAUAUGUUGUUAAAAAGAACACUGGGUGUCUGUACAUUUUGCAAUGUAAGAUAUAAUGUAAGUGAAGUUAAGUAUUUUAAGAAAAUCAUCCCAAACUCAUAAAUAUGCAUACAUACACACAAAGACACGUAUACACACACCUCUCUCUUCAACAUAGUUUUGUGAAACUAUACAAAUAUAUUGCCUAAACAAAUAUUUCUCUUGUGGCUAGGAAUAGUUAUUGAUAGAAGUCAAGUGAUAAAGGCAUAGUAUAUGCCAAACUACUGACUCUUUUAUUACAAAUGAGAUUUGAAAUUAGGAAUAUGGCACGUUCUCAGCUGACUCUUCUCUGACUGGAGUUAAAAAGUGGUUGGCUACCAUCUUUACUGGGAAAAGCAUUAAGCCCUUGCAUAUAUCUUUACGUUCUGUGAUAACUCUAUCAUCUGAAAUGGUAUCUUUGAGCAUUUGUUUUUUAUAAAAUACUGGAAAAGGCAAACUUUCAAAGGUAAAGUUUAAAAUUACUUUCACAUCCAUGGAGUUUAAGUGCCAUCUACUAAAUGUAAAAAUCUAGUAAAAUAUUUUUUCUUUUUUUC